AUGGACGGUCAAGAACUUCCUCUCGUCUCCAUCAAGAGUCGGAACGAUCAGUCCCUGGUGUUCACUGUAAAUGGGAACAUCAUUGACUUCUCGGGGAUACGUUAUGAGUUUGAUGAUGUCUUAACUGGGGAUGUGGCCCAUUUGGCGUCAAAUUAUAAUAAUCUCAUGUUCAUGGGCUCCCCGGGCCUGGGGAAAACUCUGAAGCUUCGUCAGGUGUUAGCCAAUCUCGAGGGACAAGUUUCGGCUUACGAGAUCGUCAACAAUUCAUUUUGCGUUGAUAUAAUCGACCCUAAGCAUCCUCGUCUGACAUCAGGGUUCAUGUCAAAGCCGCUCACCUCUGAGGUUAUUGAUUGGAUCUUUGCCAACCGAGUCAAACUGGCGGUGAUUCUGAAGUGUCUUGUGAUUAAUGUUGUGCUGGCUGACGAACAACCAAAAAUGCUUGUGGAAAUGAAUGGCGCUGUGGAUGUGAACGGUCUCAUUGCCGAUGUCUUAGCAGCCGCUGGACUGUGCAAAUAUGUGGUGUGUUUGGAUCCGGCGCAUCCCAAACCGGCAACUAAGGCCACUUUAUACAAGGUCGCUCGCAUUUUCAACAAUUUCCGUUCGAAACAACCCACCACUACUCCAACCUCAGAGGUGCCAUCAUACGCUCGUCCAACCAAGAGCCAGAUAUCCUCUCGCCAAUCACGGUUUAAGGUGGUCAAACCUAAAAUUCACAGUGCGUCUGUUGCAAUUCGUCGUGCAAUUCCGGUUGUAACCGCACGUAAUCCAUCAGCCUUAGGUCUGCCAAUUAGGUUGGUUCAGCCCCGUGGAACUAUGCAUAUCAUGAGUCGAGCUCAGGAUGCCCUUAGUCAACAAGCUCACAUGAAGAGUCAACGUUUAAAAUACGAAAAUCAAGCUUUGAAGGAACAGGUUGCCCAUUUAAAAGCUCUGAUUGUGUCGAUUCGCAAUGCGAUCACAACUACCGCUCGCGAAUACCAUGAGUUCAGAGAACUCUUCGCUAAUAUUGCUCGUCUGCUGCUUGACCGGGAAAACCUGGCUAAGAACACAUAUCAAAAGUACCAAGAGGCCCUUACUACGAUUGAAAGUCACACCAUUCAAAUCCAACAGAUGAAAGAAUACCACAACAAUCUGUUGGCUCGCGCCAUGGAAGAAGCAGAGCAUAAUAAGUCCGAACUAGCGAGGUUGCGAGGCAUUAACGAACGUCAACUUGACGUCUCCACUUCGGAAUUAACUAAAGUCAAGGAAAAACUUGAAACGGAGUUGGCGCAAGUUAGCGCCGAGUUGGUCAAUGAACGUGAAAAGCACAUGCAACAAAUUGAAGCCAUCAAAGCUGAACACGCUCAGAAUGUCGAAGUUAUUCUGCAACAACUUGAACAACAUCGACUCAAUCACCAAACUGAGUUACAAAACUACCGGUCUCAGCUUGAGGAGGCCAAGCAAAACCAAGCGGAAGCUGAAGGUGCAAUGAGUGCAGCGUCCGACAAAUGGGAAAGACUUCUCAAAGAGAAAGAAGCUCAGCUUGACGAAGAGUACCGUCGAUCCGAACUGCUUCAGCAAUUGCUUGAAGAGGAACGAACAGCUCGGAAUGGCGCUGACAAUGACCAAAAUGAGGCAUUGAAGAAGCUUGAGGCGAAGCUCGCAGACUCUCUCCACGCCCAAACUCAACUCAAGGAACAAUACGAAGCUGAGCUCUUGAAGGCAAACACUGAUAUUGACAAACUCAGUCACGAAUUAGUUCUUCUGCAAGACAAAGCUUCUAAACUUCAAGCUUCCAUCGACGAAAGCUCCGCGAAUGACUCAAGCCAAGCUUCCACAAUCACACAGCUUCAGGCUGAGGUUUCUCAACUACAGCAACGCUUAGCUACCAAGGAAAAAGCCGUUGCCGACUACUCUCAAAGAAAUUCAGAGAUGGCAGUUGAAACGGCCGAUCUUCGCGCUCGUGUCUCUGCCCUCACUCAAAAGCUUGAGUCAACUUUGGAUGAAUCUCAAGAUCACAGCGAGGCAAUCCAUCAACUCCAGUCCGAUAAAGAACAGCUUUCGGCCCAGUUAGCUAAUAUUCAGGAGGACAGAGCGUCUCUCGAUGAAGAUAAUGAAUCACUCCGGUCUCUUCUAGAAACCAAAAAGCAGGAAUUGAAUGAGAGCAUGUCAACCACUAAGCAUCUCAAUGCUACCAUUGCCGAACUCAAGUCGCAGCUUGAAUCGACUACUCAAGAGAAAAAUAGCAUGGCCUCCGAAAUGGCUACCAUGUCAAAGCCAUCAUUCUCUACAAGCUUGGAACUUCCACUGUUUAAUCCUGAGAAUAUUUUCGCAGAUGCUCAACUUGAGGAUGCCCAAAAUGGUUCAAAUGAGCGACUGGAGCCAGCGCUGGUGCCUCUGCAAGCUUCGAGAUCAAGAUCGCAUUCGCCUAAUGUGUUGAAGCCUAUGGACAACUAUCGCGAAAAGAUGUCGCUGAUGAUGAAGCGGAAGAAGUCCACGUCGCCUACUAAAAAGUCGAAGAAGAAGGCCACUCUCUAA